AUGGGCGAGACGCCUCCUCCUCCGGCGCCGGCGGGGGCGGGGCAGAGGAUGCUGCCGACGCCGUUCCUCAACAAGACGUACCAGCUGGUGGACGACCCCGCCGUCGACGACGUCAUCUCCUGGAACCACGACGGCUCCACCUUCGUCGUGUGGCGACCCGCAGAGUUCGCGCGCGACCUCCUCCCCAAGUACUUCAAGCACAACAACUUCUCCAGCUUCGUGCGGCAGCUCAACACAUACGGAUUCAGGAAGAUCAUACCGGACAGGUGGGAGUUCGCCAACGACUGCUUCCGGCGAGGGGAGAAGCGGCUGCUCGUCGACAUACACCGCCGGAAGGUGACGCCGGCCGCCAUCCCGAUGGCGCUACCCGUGGCGAAGCCGCAGUGCUCGGGCUCGGGCUCGCCGGCGCUCUCCGGCGACGAGCAGGCGCUGUCCUCGAGCUCGUCCCCGGAGCCGCCCUUCCCGCGCCACCCGCACUCCGCGCCGUCUUCCUCCGGCGGCUCCGGUGGCGACCUUAGCCUGGGGGACGAGAACGACCGGCUGCGGCGGGAGAACACGCGCCUCGCGCGGGAGCUCGGCCAGAUGAAGAAGCUCUGCAACAACAUCUUCGCACUCAUGUCCAAGUACACCGUCUCGGCCGCCGCCUCCGGCGAGACCACGGAGGCCACGCUGCUCACGCCCCCUUCCGUGCUCGACCUCCUACCGACCUCCCUGACCGCCGCCGAGAACGUCGCGGAGGAGAAGAUGAGCGCGAGGCUCUUCGGCGUCUGCAUCGGCCGGAAGCGAAUGCGCGAGGAGCAGGACGACGAGGCAGCCAAGAAGGCGACGCUGCUGGCGGAGUACGAGCGGCAGCAGCGUCUUAUCGCCAGUAGCGACGACCCCGUGGACUGCCCUGGCUUGAGAGCGGCGUGCUUGGCGUCGCUGAACGAUAAGGACGCCAGGAGGGUGACCUCAAGGCGGUGA